AUGAUUCGGAAUCGCACUGGCAACUCAGCGAAGGCCAUCUUCAACAUGCACUACGCGAACAUCGGCGGGCACGUGCAGGCCGUCCUCCUCGACGAAAACGACGACGUCAUCCCCGUCGGCCCGCAAAAGCUCAGGGUCAUGGAGACGGACAAGAAGCUGAACUUGUCCGUGACCGUCACCGUCCACCUCCCCGCCGGAAAGGCCUUCCGCGUACGUGUCACAUCCCAGCGCACCGCCCCGGUCACCGCGCUCUGCACCAUCAAGUGCUCGCCUCGUUCCCUCUGGCCCUCUCACCCGGCCAAGGAGCGCUGGGUGAUGGACGACGCGCCGCUCGUUCCCGCGUCCCAGCGCAUCUCGCGACUCUGGCGCUCCGAAGUUACCCGGGGACUUCGGCGGACAGUCCUGCACCACUGGCUGGCUGCUCGCUCCGGUGCCCGGGGGCCAGGCGAAAUGUCCCACCGUAAAGGUGAUGCUGGAGAAGCUCGUGCGCGUCCUGCGAAAGCGGGGGGGAUAUGA